ACAAUAACUUUUUUCCGAGUAAAUACAAAACCUCGCUCUCUCUUUCUCUCUCUCUCUCUCUUCUAAUUUUUUCUCUCUCUAGAUAGGAAAACCACAACCCGGCAUUUGCUACCAUCGCUCGCCGGAAUACAUCCGCCGGUUAUAUACCGACAAGCUUCUCCGACAGUUCCGGUUAAUCACUUACUCUUACCUUUGCCUCUGGUAAACUCUUCUUUUAUCUUUCAAAUCAGAGUUUUUUUUAUCAUUUAGCAGUUUCAAUUUUUGUACCUAAUUCUUGAAGUAAAGUUAGGGUUUCAAAGCUCGUCCCUUUUCUGUUGCUGUAAAUAUAGAUUGAUUAUGCUGUGCUGUGUGAACUGGAUAUGGAGCUAUUCUGAUCUGUAGGUGUUGGCGGUGAUGAUUUUGAUUUAUUUGGAAUCUAGGGUUUUGAGCUCAAUCAUUGAUUGAUGAUCCGUUUUUGGUUAAUUAUUUUUGGGGGGAUUGAGAUCAGUGAUUGGACUUUCUCUUGCUUCAGCUGGAGAGUAGGGAAUCUGGGGUUUGAAGUUGUUUAGCCUGUGUUUGGUGGGUGUCUUAUUGGUAAUGUAUGGCUGUUUUAUAUGCGAUUAAAUCAAAGCCAUGAGAUCAGUAGGUGAUGCUGGUUUUUUAAUGGUUUAAGAUGUGGGUAUUUUUGCAGAUUGAGGUUAGAACUGCAAUAUCAAGUUCAGGUUUAGUAACUUUAUUUUGAUGUUCUGUUUUUGGUCCUAUUUGGCUGUUUUUGUUUAUCAAGCAUGAAGAGGUUGAGGUCAAGUGAUGAUCUUGAUUCAUUUGGAGAUAAGGGUGUUUCUAGAGAUUGGGGAAGAAGGGAUGACGAUUCGAGUUUAAGUAGGUCUCUGUCUUAUCGAAGCUAUUACAAGUCUGAAAAUGGAAGAAAGGGUUUGUCCUCUUCAUCGUCUCGGUAUGAUAGGUUAGAAGAUGAUCGUGAGAGUUCUAGACCAGUUCGGAAGCGACCGGAUUAUGAUGUCGACAACUAUGAUAGGAGAAAGAGUUAUGAUCGGUACAGGGACAUCAGUGACCGAGGGAUUCUGAGCUCUUCGCCACGUGGUGGAUAUGGUGGAGAUCGGAUUCAUCGAACAGAGAGCUUUUCUGGGCCAAGGAGGGAAUUUCCGAAAGGGUUUAGAUCAGAGAGGGACCGGUCACGGAGAGAGGGGAGUGUUUCUUCGUGGCGGAGAUUUGGAGGAGGAAAAGAUGUUGAUGAAAGUACCAGGACUGUUGGCGAGUUUGUUAAAGGAAGUAGAGUGGCAUCAGAUGAUAUUGGGAAGGUGAGAUCUCCACAAGGAUUAAGAGAUGCAAAAUCACCUGCUUGGUCCAGAGAUGCCAUAUCACCUGCUUGGUCCAGAGAUGCAAAAUCACCUGCUUGGUCGAAGGACUCUGGAAGCGAGCAAUCUAAGAGUGUUGAAGUGAAGAAGAGUGAAGAUUUGCAGGUAGAGAGUGGCAAUACCAGUGAAAUGGAAGAAGGGGAGCUGGAACCUGAUCCUGAACCUGUUCUUGAAGUUGAGCCUGUAGCUGAAGAUCAAGCUUCUGUCGGUUUCAACUCCGAUAAGAAGGAGCUUGAGAGUGAGCAUCUGGAUGAGAACAAACGUUUAGAGGAUGGUUCAAAAUCAUCAUCUGAAGAAAAUAUAGAGCUAAAUAAAAGUAGUGUUUCUGUGGAGAAACCAAAAGAUGGAUCCUUGGAACCUGUUCAAGAUGUUAAGGAAGUCAACUGUAUACCGGAUUGUCAGGGCAAUUUAAUCCACGAGACAAGCGGCUGUGGAGAUGUAAUUGGAACUGCAGCUGACGAUGAAGGUGGUAAAGUUGAAGAGAGUGCCAGGGAAAACAGCAAUCCCGAGAAGGAAGAAAGCAAUGAUAGAUUUGCCGAGAAGUCGCCGCAUUUGGAAGAGAAACACAAGGAAGACAGGGAUAUAGAUCUCGAUGUCAAGGCAGAGAAUAUGGAUUUAGCUGAACCAAGUAAGAAAGUCGCAGAGGAAAAUCGAGCAUCUGAAGUUGUUUUAUCACUUGUAACGGAGGAAAUAACCCAAAAUUUCAAGGACAAAGGAAAAAAUGUGGCUGUUUUGCCUUCUAAUGUCACUUAUUCUGCAGAAGAUGGUGUGAAGAAUGAAAGAGAAUCCGGAGGCCUUUUAACGCACAGGGAUAGUGAGAUGGAAGGACCCAGUACCAGGGGCUUUGAGUUGUUCUUCACUGACCCUGUUAGAAAGCUGGAGAAAGCAGAUUCAUCUGGUGUUACUAAGCCCAGAGAUGAAAACUUGGCACUCGAACCGCUUGAACUUUCUCUUAGCUUACCGAAUGUUUUGUUGCCCAUCGGUUCCCACUGUAUGGCGCAAGCUCCUGGUUCCCCUAGUCAUGGGAGGAGUGUUCAGUCCUUUCCCAGCACAUUUCGUACCAAUUCUGAUGGAUUUGCUGCUUCAAUGUCUUUUUCAGGUUCUCAACCCUUUACCCACAACCCAAGCUGUUCCCUAACACAGAAUUCAUUCGACAAUUAUGAACAUUCAGUUGGUAGUCGUCCUAUAUUUCAGGGAGGGGAUCAAGUGUCCCCUUGGCAAGGUCAGUCUUCAAAUGAACAUAAAAACAAAGAAGCUCCAAUGUAUCAAAGGAUAUCAUCCAACGGAAAUGGCAUAUAUCAUCAAUCUCAAGCAUCACAAGGUAUUUUAAAUGGUCAAGCUGUGCAUGGACAGCAUAUUAGAGUUGCAGAAGGAAGUUCAAGAAUACCUGUUGGACUGGAUCGGCAGUUAAGUAUUCAUAAACAGUUAUCAGGAACACAGUCGAGGCACCAGAAUGACGUUAGAUCCCCUUCACAGAGUGUUGGGUCUCAUGAAACUGGAUCAGAAUUUAGCAAAGACAAGAAGCGGGUCAUGAGAGAGAAAAAUGGUGGUAGUUUAUACAAGAGCAGUAACCAGAACGGAAAAGGGCAACUUUUGAUGGGUGGAGCUGAUUUUGUUGACCGUUACAUCACCAUGAUUGUUUCUGAACCACUACAUGUAAUGGCUAGGAGAUUUAACGAAAUGACAGGAGAAUCUGUAGCAUGUUUAAAGGAGGCUGUCCGAGAUAUCAUUCUGAGUCCGGGAAAGCAGUGGCAACUAUGUGCAUUACAGAAAGCAUUACAAAACAGAGCUGACAUUACCUUGGAGAUGCUACAGAAGUCCCAUCGAGCUCAAUUAGAAAUCUUGGUGGUUCUGAAAACCGGUCUUCAAGAAUUCUUUCAAAGAAAUUAUGACAUACCAUCUUCAGAUUUGGCAGAGAUCUAUCUGAACUUAAGAUGCAGAAAUCUCACUUGUCGGAAUCUUUUGCCUGUGGAUGAAUGUGAUUGCAAGAUUUGUGUCCAGAAGAAUGGUUUCUGCAGUGCUUGUAUGUGUCUCGUAUGUUCCAAGUUUGACAUGGCAUCUAAUACAUGUAGUUGGGUUGGGUGUGAUGUAUGUCUUCAUUGGUGCCAUGCGGAUUGUGCAUUACGCGAGUCUUAUGUAAGAAAUGGUCGUAGUGCGACUGGGGCUCAGGGAACAACAGAGAUGCAGUUCCACUGUGUUGCCUGUGAUCAUCCUUCUGAGAUGUUUGGUUUUGUGAAGGAAGUUUUCCAAAAUUUUGCAAAGGAUUGGACAGCUGAAACUCUUUCCAAGGAACUUGAAUAUGUCAGAAGGAUUUUCUGUGCCAGUGAGGAUGUGAGAGGGAAACGACUGCAUGACAUUUCUGUUCAAUUGUUGUCAAGAUUGACAAAUAAGUCUGAUCUUCACGAGGUUCGAUUUCGCAUCAUGGGUUUCCUUACUGGAACUGAUUCCUUCAAGUCUGGCAACACGCCCAUUGUGUCUGGAAAGGAGCUAUUCAUCAAGAAUCACGGAGAAGGGAAUAAUGGGAUUACUGGGCCCAGCCAAGAAGCUUUAUGGCUAAAAUCUGUUUAUUCAGAAAAAGCUUCUCAGUUGGAAAAAGAUGCUGGUUUACUUACCAGCUUUGAUCAUGGCCUGAAAGAUAAACGCACUGUGAUCUCAGAUUUGCAAAGGAGCACCCAAAAGGAACCCAUUUUUGAUGAAUUAGAGAGCAUUGUGAAAAUCAAACAUGCAGAGGCUAGAAUGUUCCAGACACGCGCUGAUGAUGCAAGAAGAGAAGCUGAAGGCCUGAAACGCAUUGCAAUUGCCAAGAAUGAAAAAAUCGAUGAAGAGUAUACAAGUCGGAUCAGAAAACUGCGAUUGGCUGAGGCUGAAGAAAUGCGCAAACAAAAAUUUGAAGAGCUGCAGGCUCUAGAACGAGCUCAUCUUGAAUACUUCAAUAUGAAGAGGAGGAUGGAAGCAGAUAUUAAAGAUCUUUUGUUGAAAAUGGAAGCUACAAAACGAAACCUUGCCAUGUGAAAAAAGGAAUAAAUAAAUCAAUCAAAUUCCGGGAGGCUUCAUGAAGCGCUUCUUUAGGAUGAUCAGCAGAGUAUUUCUUAAGAACUAUUAUCAGCAUCAUGGGUAACUUUUACUUUCAGACACUGAGUUUUCAUAUGCUUGUGUUAUUUAGUAGUCCACGUAAUGUUAUCAUUGUUUUUAGGCUGUAUCUUUUAAUUUAGUUUUCUUACUGUGCACUGCUAACCAGAAUAUGUACAGAGACUGCUGCAUAUCUCUUUAUGUUACAAAAGAUAGCCAGUGGUGGUCGCAAUCUAGAAAGAGAAAUUUAAAUCAAGUUUUUGUUACUUGAAAGACAUAUUGGCUAUACAAUUGCUUUUUUGGUGUUCUUUGAUAAA